AUGUGGGACCGGCUCAUGUUCUUCGGACGGUGGUUUGCUUCUAGACGACGCUCACGACGCGGCCGGCCGCCGGUGGUGGCGAAGGCGGCGCAGCCCGACUGGCGCCAGGAGGCGAUUCCGGCGCACAUGUUCGCCGGGUACGUGAUGGACCUGCAGCGCGGCGCCGAUGCCGGCUUUUGGAAGGAGAUGGCGGCGGUGGACGGUGCCGCGGAGAAGAACGGUGGAGUUGCGGUGAAUGGGCACCACGCCGGCACUAAUGGGCACCACGCCGGCACCAACGGCUGCUCAAAAACUAACGGCAAUACGGCAAGUGUCGAGCCAACCACAGUGGCGGGUUUCAACUCGACCUACCUCCUCCAAGAGGACGACUCUUCGGCGCAUUUCUGGCAGAUCGUCAGGAAACACCGAGUGGACACCAUAGUUCGCUUCACUAACGGAAAGGUGGAGUACGGCACUGGUCCCCCGGGCGAGUGGCCAGCGCCUCUGGCCGGGUGUCAGGUCCAGCAGCGAUCCGACUCCGCCGGCGGUCUGCUGCUGCUGCCGCCGCCGUCACCCGCACACAGAAUCACGAGCACGUUAUGCGCCUGCUGCGCGGGCCGGAGCCGACAAGAGGUGCGGUACAUCCUGUUGGACACCAGCAGCCCGGCGGGCGGUGUUCGUCAGUAUCUGCUGCGGCAGGCGGCCGCCGUCCGGCCCAACACCCACCCCACCGUCCUGGUGGUCACCAGGGGAGCGGAGCAGGAGGCCGCCCUGCUGGUGGCUGCCGACAUGCUGAACCGUCAGAGACUAGCCACCGGUGACCUGAGCCCGGUGGCCGUGCUGGCCCGACUGAGGGCAGUGCGACCUCGCUGGUUCACGGAGGUCGCCCAACUGAAGGUGCUCUACCAGCUGAUCAGCGAGAGCCUUCGGACCGAUGAGAAUUACGGAAACUGAGGUGUGGUGUGAUCUAUCUCCGUCUCUCAUGGGGAGCUGUUGGUAUGGUAUGGAAAUGUGAGCGCUUCAUUGGGACUAUCUUCAUUGCGCGAUUGUCGUCAUGUGAAUGCGGGGGCCGAAGAGGGUAGUAAUGUGAUCUGUUGGGGAGAUUGAAUAACUUUUCGACAGGGAUGUGUGCCGAGGGGCCUCGAAACCCUUAGGCUAAGGGGUCCAAGAGCCCAGGAACUGUACGCUAUUUGUGCAAUGUUUUACAGUAGAUUAGCGAUGGCUGCCGAAAAAAAAUACCGAGUCUGUGUGAUGAAACCCCAGCUACCCAGAAGAUAUUAUGUGUGAGGUGACGAGGUCGCACGAUUAUGUACGUCACAAGAUCUCUGACGAUGCUAUGUGCGAGAAGAUUUGACGACAUUUGUGUGUGGGAAAUGAUACCUUUGGCAAUAUCGACCAGUUGAUUGUGCACGAGUGAAAUGUGAUGGUAUUCAUUGAGCUGUGGCACCUCUUUAAAGUGAGACAAACGUUCCAUAACGGCGUUGCGACAGGUGAAAAUGAUCAUUUCAAACUAAAGCGCGGCUGUUCAUUGUCUUGGACAUCAUGGACUAUGUAAACUCCGUUCAACGGUGUCCCCAGAGCAUCUUUAUGUCGCAUCUUUGAACGCAUCCUCUAUCUGCAUGGGAGUGACUUCUUCAGUGGCUUCCAGAGGCGUUGUGCGUUUCAGAAUGCUAUGUGGAGCAUCCAGCAUGUUUCGUAUCAUUGAAAGUGAUGGCCUCGGGAUGUGAGUUACAUGCCAGGGGCGAAGCGUUCGGGAAAGUUUGCUAUAUCGUCUAAAGUGAUGUUAUUGGCAGGUGUGCUACAUUGUCAGGAGUUCUCAGUGUGUACAUACGUUCGACAUGGGGCCGGGUCAUACUGUCAUGUGGGAUGCGUUCGGCAUGUGAGCUACAUCGCCAAGGUUGCGCGUUCGGGAUGUCUCUUAUAUCGCUGGAACUGGCGAGUUCAUCACGGCCGGAGUAUGGCCGUGAGCGGUGCGCGGGCCUAGUCCUGCCGCCGUCUGAACUCGUACCAAUAAACUGAUGGCUGUUCUGUUA